AUGAACGAAGGAAUUUUUCGCCUGCCGUUUGAAAUCAAUGAUGAUGAACUUGGUCCAUGGGAUGUUCUGCUUAGUGAUUACGCGAUCAGAGAUAUGCGAAGGUUGGAACCUCUUGCGAUUAAAGCAGUUAUGGUAAAACUCAUGCAGAUAUCAAGUGGGAAAUGGAAAAAGUACAGGCUCCAACAUACAGUACAAUCUCACUCUCACGCCGUACCCAUUUAUGAGACAGAGCUUCUAAAUGAUGAUGGAUUGAAAAUUCUCUGGCAGGUUGAUUAUGGAUUUUCUGUUCGUAACAAUUCAUUCAUCCAGUAUGUGGAUGUUUGGGCAGCCACUGCAGACCAAAAGCAAUUUACAGAUACAUUAGAAAAUACCGAAUUACUUCAUCAGGCCUACACUUCUGAGCAUAAAAACCGCUGUACAGUUCAACAUAUCAGCAAAGAUGGUAUCAUUUUACCUGCAGCCUUUGGAGGUGGGGAAGUAACAAAGUCUGACGAGAGCAGAUUGGAUAGUGACCAAAUCGAUGAUGAAGAAAAAUUGUUGAAGAUUCAUGAAAUGCUUACCACAAAUAAAUUUGUCCCAUUAUCAAAGAACUUGUUUAAGUCGCUCGUCAAAGGUGGCACUGACUUUACUUUUCAAGUAUCUAAGCUCGAAUACGAAAUUAUCAACCAUCCUAGAUCAGCGAUUGUUGUUGGUCGUUCUGGAACUGGCAAAACCACAUGUAUUUUGUUUAGACUCCUUGCAUCAUACUUGAAAAAUCAAUUCAAUAGGAUACCAAAUGACAAUGAUGAGAAUUCUCAUAAAAGGCAAAUAUUCAUUACAUUGAGUGAACACCUUUGCUGCAGAGUAAAGGAUCAUUUCAACAAACUGCGAGAGUCUGCAGAAUUUGCUGAUGAAAGGAUGACUAUGGCUCAAUUUCAUGAGUAUUUAAGUAGAAAAGGAGAUGAAGAUGGUAAUAUUGAUAUGACAAAUGAUACGAAGCUUGAAGAGGAAGAUAUGCUGGAUGACAUUCCAAACUCAUUCCGUCAACUGACAGACGACCAUUUCCCAUUGAUGAUUACCUAUAAAAAGUUUAUCAAGAUGCUCCAGGGAACUUAUCACUUUAUCAGUAGUGUAUCAGAUGCAUCAUGGAGACACUUUGUAGACUAUAAACUCUUUGUAGAUAAAUAUCGUACUAAUUAUAAUAGGAAUAAAUCUGGGCUGAUAUUCUCCGAGUUUUCUAUUAUCAAGGGUUCUAACCCAGAGGGUAAACACCUAUCAAGAGAGGAAUAUCGGGAAAUCAGCAUCAGGAAAUACCCAGCAUUUUGUUACAAUCGUGAUGAAAUUUAUGACUUAUUUCAACAAUAUCAAAAGAAAAAAUCCCGAAAUUUUGACUAUGACUCAAUAGAUAUGGCUAUUGCUGUUUUACGUUGCGCCAAAAAAGAACCACUUGGUGGAUUGCAUAUUCAUGAACUAUACAUUGACGAAUGUCAGGACAACAACAUGGUAGAUUUAUCACUUAUUUUAAAACUUUUUGAGCGUGCUGACAGCAUUUUUUUGGCUGGAGAUAUAGCACAAUGUAUUGCAAGGGGCUCAUCUUUCCGAUUUGAAGAUCUGGGGGCUUUGUUGUAUAAUUGGGAACUUGGUCGAUCUAAUGUUAUCCACAAUAAGCCUAGCAACAAAAAACAAAAAAAACCAAAACAACCAGAACGAUUUGUAAUGAAUAUUAACUAUCGUUCACACAAUGGAAUCCUUAAACUUGCUUCAUCAGUGAUUGAUCUUAUCUCUCGCUUUUUUCCUGAUUCCAUUGACCAGCUGCCACAUGAAUCUGGCGAAGUUGGUGGUCCUCAACCUAUUGUUAUCCACAAUAUUGAGGCUGAACCAUUCUUAUCUCAUGUCUUUUCUGUGUCUAAAAAUGUGGCAAAUAAUAUCGAAUUUGGCGCUGAGCAGGUUAUUAUUGUACGUGAUGAUGAAACUAGGCAGCGAGUGACGAAAAUAAUUGGUGAUGAUGGUGUUGUAUUAGUGUUGACAGUGUUUGAGUCCAAGGGCAUGGAGUUUAACGAUGUGGUGUUGUAUAAUUUUUUCACCGAGUCACCUGCACAAUUAGAGUGGCGAGCAAUCCAUCAUGAUUUUGACGAUCAUUCAAAAGGAGUUCAACCCUUUUCUCAUGAAAAACAUUACAUUCUUUCCUCGGAGCUCAAGCAUCUUUAUGUUGCAGUGACAAGAGCACGGCAGAAAAUUUGGAUAUAUGAUGAAAACUCUGAAUGCAGUGGGCCAAUUCGUAAAUAUUGGAAGCACCAUGAGCUGGUCAAAAUAAUUGAUAAUAUUAAAGACUUGCCUUCCUUGGCUAAGAAAAGCAAUUCAUAUGAAUGGGAUCGAAUGGGAAAGGGUUUUUUUGGACAAAAGCAAUACGAACAGGCCAUUUUCUGCUUUAAGAAAAGCGGAAACAAAGAGAACCGCAAACUAGCAAAAGCAUAUCAUCUUCGGCAGAUUGCCAGGACUUCUAUAUAUGGUUCUGAUGAAGCCACUGUGAAUCGCAAUUUCAAUUGUGCUGGUAAGGCUUUCAGGAACUGUUUACGACCGGUUCAGGCAGCUUCAUGCUAUCAGGAUAUAAAUAUGCAUGAAAAAGCUGGUGAUGUUUAUGAAGAGUUUGAUAUGUUCGAGUUUGCUGCUAAUUGUUACCUUAAAGCCAAAAAAUGGGACAAAGCGGGUAAUAAUUUUCAAAAGGCAGAGAAGUAUACUGAAGCUGUUAAUGCCUAUAAAAAUGGUAAACUUUAUGAAAAAGUAAUCGAUUUGAUGCAAAGUUAUCUGCAAAAAAAGUCUGCAGUUGCAAUUUUAUUGGUAAUAUUUACUGAGGAACAUGAUGAUCUGACACUUGUCCAAAUUAUUUUAACAAGAUACAAACAAGGAAUUGAUGAGAAGACAUUUAACCGCAUUUCCCGUCUUGUCAACAUUCAUUAUCGUCGGGAAAAUGACAAAGAGAUGAGUGAAAAGGCUCUUGAUAUUCUUCCUACGGAAGAGGAAAGAAUGGAGCUUCUACGAGACCAUGCACCAGAAGAGCUUUUGAAAGUUUAUGAGAAGAGUGGUCAGUAUUUCUCUGUUGUUAAAGAACUAUGCUCACGUGGAAAGUUUGAAGAAGCAGCUGAUAAGAUCAUCAGCUUGAAAGAUAUCAACUCAAAAGACACCAUUGAGGCAUUAAAGCAUUUCUUACCCCUAUUUAGGGUUAAUAUAAUAAAAGAUACAAUGACAAAUUCAAAUUCCAAUCAUGAAGUGAAUAAGCUCCUUGCCAAGGCAAGUGAUUUUGUCAAAAAAUUCAAAUCACAAUCAUUGAAAAAACCUGAGGAGUGGAGAAGUUUUAUGAAGGA